AUGAGCGGAGACCACCAAACUCAUGGGUUCAGGGCUACAAUGCUGGUGAUGCUCAAUCGAACAUGGGAACUUCAGAUUUCCAAAGAUCAUUUGAUCACAAUCCAGCGUACCCUAGCCCCAGUCCACAACACAGUCAGUAUGGAAACCCUGAUACACGUUUUAGACCAAAGCAUGCAGACAGUGGUUACUCUGAACAUCGUAGCAGACCUCUCCUAGCCUCCCCCUCCUUGAUUCCGAUGGGAAGAGAUUUGCAGCGCGACCAAGGUUUCAUCAAGCCUAUUGCUCCACAGCCGCCAGAUGAAGACUCCAUUCAGAGGAUGCAAGAUGAACAGUGGCUGAAACGUUUCUUGAGGAAUCGAGAGAGGACAACAGCCAAGACCUCCAAACCGGCGCAACCUCAUUCAAAGCAAACACACCCAAAGGUCUCCGUGACUCACAUACGAGACACUCUGUAUGGUGCCAUACAGCUCGUCUCAAAGCUGUCCAAGGCUUGUGAAACGUUGAAGCACAACUUGGAGAAUGAGAGCGUCUGGGCGGAUUCAUACGCCGAGGCAGUGAGUGUGAAAACAGAUCUGCAAGAGAAACUGAAGGUCCUUAGUGACACUGAGUGUGUUGAAAGUCUUAAAAAGAAACUGAGUUCCAUCAGUAAGAGAAGGGCCAGGCUACGGCGUGGAAAAGUGGAACAGGAGGAUGAGAAACAGAGGGAGGAGGAACGAGUGGCUGAGCGUGAAGCCGCCAUCGACAAGUGGAGGAUGAAACGUAUCCAUGAAGUAGAGGAGAAGAAGAGGGAGCAAGAGCUGAAGCUGGCUGCGGACACGGUACUCUGCGAGGUGAGGAAGAAGCAGGCAGAUGCCAAGAGGAUGCUGGACAUCCUCAGGUCACUGGAGAAGCUACGCAAACUCAGGAAGGAGGCAGCCUCCAGGAAAGGGAUCUUCCCCGGACAGGAAGCCGACCAGGCAUUUGACGGGCUGGUGGAGCGCCUGCGGGCGCUGAUCAGGAAGAGGACGGGGGUGUACGGGGCAGAGGAGAACGCCCUGCGGGUGAUGCUGGAAAGCGAGCAGGAGGAGGAGCGCAAGAGGGACCUGGAGAAACGACAAAGGAAGGAGAGGGAGAGGCUACUGCAGAGGAAACGAGAGAUGGAUAGCAUGCUCUUUGGAGAUGAGAUGCCUCCUGACCACCCCCUACAGCCCUUCAGAGAGUACUACACACAGGCAGAGCACUCACUACCAGCCUUGAUACAGAUAAGGAGAGAGUGGGACCUCUUUCUGGUCUCAGUGGACCACCCAGACGGCACCGCGGUCCCCCAGGACUGGGUCUUACCACAACGCCCCACAGACGAGAUUUGGGCCACAGCCCUGGACCGAGGGGACUGCUUCGGACCCUGACUGACACCCAUAUGGGCUCUGGAAAGGACUUGUGAUUCGCUAGCAGUGUAUUCAGCAAGUUACUGCAAUAAGAUCUGCUGGAGACAAGCAAAACAGAAGAGCGAAAUUUACUUUUGUUUUUUGUUUAUUUCUGAUUGCUAUUCAUGGAAUGUCCACAUGUGACAAAUUGGCUUUCGUAGGGUAUUUCUACCCUGACAAAAAAUUAUAAUAUUGUUCUUCAAAAAAAUCCUGGCGAUCCUUUUUUCUGUUUAUUUUUUAUGGUUUUCUUUAAGGAUUUCUAAAUCAGUUCUUACUUUUACAAACAGCUAUUUGGAAGUUACUCUCUCCAACUGACAUUUGACUGAAUUGAAAUCCUAUUUAUCAUGAAUCCCGGAUUUUCUGAAGUCAAUUGUACUAUUUUAACAUGAAAUGGGCCAGUAAAAGGUAUUUUUUUCUGCCUGCCUGCCGUACCA